AUGUUUUUUGCUCACCUGCGAAACUUCACAUACCCCCACCACCUCAUUGACCUUGCCUUCCUUGUGUCCGACUCCAAGGACCGCACCUUGGAGGUGUUGACAGAGAAUUUGGAGCGAAUCCAAGCCGAUCAGGACCCCAAGCAACCUUAUGGCGAGGUAUCCAUCAUCGAGAAGGACUUCGGCCAAAAGGUCAAUCAGGAUGUGGAAAGUCGCCAUGGGUUUGCCGCACAAGCCAGCCGCAGAAAGCUUAUGGCGCAGGCGCGAAAUUGGCUGCUCAGUGCUGCAUUGCGUCCUUAUCACUCGUGGGUGUACUGGCGCGAUGUCGACGUGGAGACGGCGCCCUUCACAAUUCUGGAGGAUCUAAUGCACGUUUGGCGACCCCUGCCUGACUGGCUUGGUGGCGAGCAGCCCUACGACUUGAAUUCGUGGCAAGAGUCUGAAACAGCGCUGGCCCUGGCCGAUACCCUGGAUGAAGAUGCUGUCAUUGUGGAGGGUUACGCGGAGUACGCCACUUGGAGGCCGCAUCUUGCUUACCUUCGCGAUCCUUACGGUGACCCCGACAUGGAGAUGGAGAUUGACGGCGUUGGAGGCGUCAGCAUUCUCGCCAAGGCAAAGGUUUUCCGUGCCGGUGUCCACUUUCCCGCAUUCAGCUUCCAGAAACACGCCGAGACUGAGGGCUUUGGAAAGGUGAGUGGGCUGUGCCAGGACGAGCCGCCCUUGGCUGACAGGAUGCAUGCAGAUGGCAAGGCGUAUGCAAUACUCAGUGGUCGGCCUACCCCACUACGUCAUAUGGCAUCUGUACGAGAAAUGGAGCAAGAGCGACUUGCCAGGGAGAAGGAGGAGCAAGAGAAGAAAGCUAAGGAGCAAAAGAUCAAAGAGGAAUUCGGGGACGCGAAUUCGCAAUGGGAGAAGGACAAGAAGGACAUUAAAGAGCAGCAGCAGCAGCAGCAGCAGCAGCAGCAGCAGCAGCAGCAGCAGCAGCAGCAGCAGCAGCAGCAGAAACCCCGAGAUGCCGAGGCGGGGGGCUCGCGCGAUGGCGCAGCGGCGAAGGCAGCUGGGGCGGCAGCGGCGAGAGGCGCCAAUGCAGCGUAG